GACGCAUUGCAUCACCAGACGACACGACACGCCAAAGGGGACAACAGGUGGUUGAAGGCAAACGCAGCGACGCAUGUAUGGAGUGAAGCCAUCGGUUCGGAUCCGGAUAGUAUGAAUAGUUUAUCGACCGGCCGCCGCCACAACGCUAACGACAAACACUUGCCACCCGGUGGACCCCGGACGAUGCAAUAAUUGGCCGGCACGAUGAGAUGGUUUAAACGAUCGGCCGAGUCGCCGAAACUGCUCAGCCUGUCCCCGCUGCGACACUCCGAGUCCGGGAAUGUCUACGGCGGUAAUGAACCGUCCGGGCUGUUGCUGCUGCACGAUCGCGAUCUUACGACCGGUGCGGCAACGAUCCGGCGCCGAAGUGCGGGCGAUGGCGGUGGAAUUUUCGGGAUGAAUCCAGCCGGUGGACCUGUGGAGGAGUUGACUGUAGCCGGCACAGUCGGGAUAGUGAACUCGCCGUCCAGUUCGUCCACAACGUCCGGUUCGUCCGGUUCGAGUGGAUCCUCCCCAUCAACCACCAACUCGUCCAGCUCGUCUACCACCAGCAGCUCCCCGUUUUCCUACACCAGUGACAGCAGUAGUAGCAGUGGGGGAGGUGGUGGUGGUGUUGGUGGUCAUAAGAUUCUUCAGUCCGGAACUGCCACUACGCCAAGAAAAUCGCGCAUAGAUCUGUCUCCCGUCAGCUGGACAAAGCGGACCGGAUCGUCCGGCAUCAACUGCUAUAGCAUCGAGGAAGGGCGGGUUAUCGAGCGCCCGAAAGGUCGUUACAUUUCACCGAUACGCAUCAAAAACAAGCAGCAAGCGAUCGCGAACGGAGCAACAACUGUAGCUGGUGGUAGCGUUAGUAGCAGCAGUACGCCGGCCUCUACCACUGCAGCCAGUUCUCAAUCGCAUCCAUUCGCGCCCUCCACAACAACGGCAACAACCACCACUCCAGUAUCGCGUCGAAUACUGCAACGAGCCAGUGCCGAUAAGGGCGCGGAUGUGUCCGUCAGCGGUAUCGCAUCGUCCGGCAGUUCCUCGCUCUACAGGCAGCUGAGUCGAUCGAUCGGCAACAUUGUCGAUACGAUCGAGAGUCGCGGCAGUCCCUCGCUUAGUCAACGUUCGAUACCGUACCGGGAGAAGAAGAAUCCGCUCGGUAGUACGCGUCUUUCCUGCUACCAACCGAUCAGUCUCGAUCAAGCGAGAGCGGCGGAGGAGCAGCAGCAGGAGGAGAGUAGUAGGCAGGAACAGCCAGAUCGGAAGCAUGGUGUCACAACGGUGGACAGUAAUAGUGCAACGUUACGAGUGCAAAAAGUGCGACAACCGCUCUACAAGUCGGUGGACGAUUUGAUUUUCCUCGGCUCGUCUGGUGACGUUAUCGUACCUGGGACGUCAUCUGACACGUGCGCCACAACGAGCAGCAACACGUCAGAAGGCCCAACCGAACUGCAACAAAGCACCCUACAUCGGUUGGCGUCUCAAGCGAUUACGUCCGAUACGAGACGCAACCACCAACAUCAUCUCAAGCGCGCUAUCACGGUGGAUGUGGGUAGUGGCAGUCCUGCUUCUAAUCCAUCUACCACCACAACCGAUCGACGCUUAUCAUUCCCACAGAGCACGAUCGAGCGUGACGCCCUGACAGCUGCAUCGCCCGCGAAAGCGAGUGAACCAUCUAGCGAACUACCAAAGAACGACAAAGAAAUAACGACGCCGGAGUCGACAACGAUGAUCAUGAUGGAUCCUGCCGAUCACGACGAAACGUACGGGUUUGCCCAGAUGCGCACGACGCUCGGCCCGAUCGAAACCGCCUAUCGGUUGCGGUUGGAAGCGCUCAAGCAGGAAACCGCAAACGGGGACCCGAUCUCCUCCUCCUCCACGUCCUCCACGUUCAAGACGCCAAAGAAGAAGGACAACUUUACCAACAAAAUACGCGCAAUGUCCGAUCGUACGCAGAAACUGUUCUCGCGCAUCUACUCCACGAACAGUGGUGCGAGUGGUGGUGGCCAGAAGGGUUACCAUCUGUCCGCGACUAAAUCGCUAAAGAAGUCUACCGGCAAGCUGUCCGAAGCGAGCCGAAGAAGUGUAAGCUAUGGCGCACUGCCGGGACUCGCGGACUUCCAGAAGAGCGGUAUGUCCAAAGAGCAACGUAACGAUGACUAUGAGGACGUGGAGAAGCAACCACAGGACACGGUUCCGAGCUCGGUCAAACAGCACCCGAUCGAUGAUCUCGAUAGUGAGCUAUUGGUUGGAGGUGGUACAGCGCUGAUCGCGAUCGGUGGCGGAAGUAGUAGCACUGGUCACACGGACGCAGAAGAUGGCGAUUCGGGUAUUUUGGUAAAUGAAUCAGGUGCUUCCUCAAUUCUCGAAACGGACGAUGUGUUUCAUGAACAGGGUAUUCCAAGAAUACCGCACAUACCGACCAAGGUGCUGAAUGGAAGUGGGGCUGAACCGACAGAGUUUAAGCUGGUCACAAUCCGGUUAGACGAGCAGAUCGAUUGUUUGGCAGAAGCGGGACCGGACGAUGGUAUUGGUUUGGGUAUUAUCAUCAGCCCAAUUGCCACUACGGAGGGUGAGGUUAGCAAUCGCUACAAGGUGGCCCAUGUUUUGCCCGGAGGACUUGUUUGCAGGGAAGGUUCGAUUAAACCGAACGAUGAAAUUGUCAACAUCCUCGGGAAGCGACUGCGUGGUCUGUCGAUGCGUCAGGUGCAGGAGUUGCUGAAUAGCUGUGCACGGCGUGGUACUGGCCGUACCAGCAUCGAUCUUGUCAUUUGUCGCAGUAAGGCAAAUGGCACCGAUCACCAAGACGACGACACCGACCACAACCACCAUCAACAGCAAAGGCCACCGUCUGUGAAUCGACGAUUGUUCCGCAAUAGCCGCAAGAUAUCGCUCGACUCGUACCUGGAAGACGAACGGCCGGAUCAUGGCAGUGGAAGCGAGACCGGUUCCGAGCAGGACACCACCAACUACACGUCGAUUGCUAUCAAAAUCGAUGGUAACAAGUACAACACGCUCGGAACUCCACGACGUUCGAAGCAACCACUCUCGAUGGUUUACAAACAGCAGUCCCAACAGCUCCAACAAUCUCAACCACCUUCCCUCAAUACCGUCGUAACCUGCGAUAGCAUCCCUGCUACGGAAGUGGACUCACAGCCACCCUCCCUCGACUGCGCUAAACGUCGUUCGUUCACCAAAAAUGUUACCCCAACGCAACCCUCCAACACAUCCUCGAAAGUCGUGCGCCGAUCGCUCGUCGGCAAACAGUCCAACGCUAACCCGACACAACCCGUUACAACGGCCCGCAGCACAAUGAACCUUUGUGACGACGAGAAGCUCGAACUGCACGCAUCCACCUCGGAUGAUGCAGAAACAAGCAGUGGAACGAGUUCGCUCGAGCUGGACAAAUCAACCGCCAGCAAUUUCUGCACGCUUCCGCGACGUCCAAAAUCGAGCGCUCUCUGUUCCUUCCAUACGGUUACGUUCGAGAAGGGACCGGGCAAGAAGUCACUAGGUUUCACCAUUGUUGGAGGCCGCGAUAGUCCACGUGGUGCACUUGGGAUCUUCAUCAAGAGCAUCCUACCGACCGGACAGGCGGCCGAAGAUGGACGAUUGCGGGCGGGUGAUGAAGUGCUCGCUGUUAAUGGGCAGGUGUGUCACGAUCUUACCCACCUGGAAGCGGUGAAAAUGUUCAAGAGCAUCAAAACGGGCGAGAUUGUGCUGCAACUGUGCCGGCGGAACAAGUCCGCCCAUCGCUCGAUGGAUAUUGAUGCGAAUGCGUGUUGA